AUGGGGCUCUGUCAGCAUGAAAACGCUGAGCAAGAUCUGGGAAACAAGAAUACUAACGGUUUACAAAGAACAGUGUCAUCGGAAUCAACAGACUCAGGUUGCGCUUUGGAUUCGCCUGGUCCUGCAGCCUCAAACGAUAUCAUGGAGGAAACGUUUGAGAAAGCAAUUCUUGAAUCCAGCAGACUGAACAUUCGAAUGCCUUUCAGAAGAAUACAUUCACUGCCACAAAGCCUCCUGGGAUCCAGUCCUGCUCUGAAGAGAAACCACGCCGAUUCUCUGGAUAGCGAUGCUUUUCAACUAUUGGAACAAGAUGAAAAUAAGGAAAAUGAAUCGUUUGAGUUUAAGAAGCCAACCAAACCAGCUUCUCGUAGUUCUGUGCACGUCCACUCCCAUGAUGGAAAAGGUGUUCCUGGACCAAGGCAGAGUUUGUCUCCAGCUCGGAUGUUUCCCACUGGUGAAAUACGCACGGGUGAACAGGAAGACUAUAGGCCAGCUUUCCUGCAGCAGUCUUCUCUGACUUCCUCUGAAAGUGAAGAUGAUGAUGGAUUCCUAGAGCUGCUAGAUGAGCAAGAUUUGAAGAACGAUGAGGAGAUGCCAUCUGAUGUGGCGAGCCUCUGGACUGCACCACUAGUCAUGAGGAGAACAGACAAUCGGGCCAAACGAUGCCGGUUGUUUGGCUCUUCAUCUCUGCCUAGUGGGGUAGGAAGAACCACCCAGAAAAGGAUGGAGAGAUCCCAAGAAGAGAAUUCUCCAGGGAAAAGCAAGAAGAGGAAAAGCCUGCCUGGAACACCUUCUGAGGACUCGACGAGUUUGAAAAUGGUAAAGACGCAAUCCUCCACAGCAGAGAUCGAAAGCAUUUUGGACAGUGACCAGAGAGAUCUUAUUGGUGACUUCUCAAAGGGUUAUUUAUUCCACACUGUUGAUGGGAAACAUCAAGAUUUAAAAUAUAUCGACUCAGAAAUGAUUGUGUCUGUGCUGACUGGGAAGUUUGCGAGCUUCAUCAAGGAAUGCGUGAUAAUUGAUUGUAGAUACCCGUAUGAGUAUGAAGGAGGACACAUCAAGGGUGCUGUAAACCUACAUAUGGAAGAGGAUGUGGAAGACUACUUGCUUAAGAAGCCAAUCCAGCCAUCAGAGAACAAACGAGUGAUAAUAGUGUUCCACUGCGAGUUUUCUUCAGAGCGGGGUCCUCGAAUGUGCCGGUUUGUGAGAGAGCGGGACAGGCUGGGUAACGAAUACCCCAACCUCCAUUACCCAGAACUCUAUGUCCUGAAAGGGGGUUACAAGGACUUCUUCUUAAGAUGCCGUAGUUUCUGCGAGCCCCAGAGCUAUCGCCCCAUGCACCACGAAGACUUUAAAGAAGACUUGAAAAGGUUCCGCACCAAAAGCCGAACCUGGGCUGGUGAGAAGAGCAAAAGGGAACUGUACAGUCGCCUGAAGAAACUCUAAGGGCUGAAGUGAACAAGCAAAGACUGCCCAUCGUGGGAGGGGGGAGGCUGCAGCGGGAGGGAGACGUGCCUGUUCCUUGCUUGUGGUUAUCGGGUACCAGCUCUCUCCUCGUCUGUUGUCUUACUGGGGACACCGUGGAACUUGUGGCCGCAGGCUUGAACCGAGCAACCUGGAUGCUGGCUGGGAGCUGACUCUUCUGAAUACUCUUGUUACGCUGCUUUGUGGAAACGGCUUCUCGUGUUCUGUGACAUCCACCAACGGCCCAACAGUCUGCCCAGGGAGGGGUGGGGAGAGGCUGUCGCGUGCCAUCUGCGUGGGGCUCAGCUGAUACGUGGUGUAAGCAGUGAGGAUAUUUUAGUGCCUGUUAUUUUUUAAAUGCUUUAUUUUAUUUAAAUACAGUCAAGUGAAGCUAAUACCGCUACAGUUGAAUCAUCUGGAUUGUACUCAAACCUUGUUUCUGCUAAAGGGCAGCCUGCUGUUGGGGUGUGGGGGGGUUAAUUAUUUUUCUCAGCUGCAGCUUUGAGUCUGUCUUUCAGUAGCAUAAUGCAUCGUGGUGAAGUAAAAUGGGAAAUAGCUCAUUACAGCUAGAGGUCCCACCUCGCUGAACUCCUGUGUUUCGCUGUGGGAAGCCUCUUGAAGACAGUCGAAGGGGAAAUUGCUUAUUGUACGUAGAUACCGUGUUCACCUCGUUUACUUAAUCUAGAUUGCUUUAUUUCAUAGUAAUUUGAAUUUAGCUGCUGCUUUAGUUCUAGAGGAGUUGGUGUUUCAAAGUAGGGAGAACAUCUGGGAACUGAGGGUAGUUCAGAAAUAGGCUGUCUCAGGUGAUCCCAGAAGUACCGGGUGGCAAAGCUGUUGCCAGGAUUCUCAACAGCAGCAAUUUACUGUCGCUGCUCCCUCCGAGGCUGCGUAUUAUCAUGAAAUGUGUCCAGAAAACAGCCCGGCUGUGAGGAAUCACGCUAAUGAUCCUGGGAGGCUGUUCUGAAACUGCUCCUGCUGCCGUGGGUUUGACUUCGGCCACUUCUCCAGUAGCAGAAGCACCUUCUGCCAGGAAAGGCAGGAAAUACAAUUAAUUCUUGAAGGAAGAGGAACUUCCUCAGCCGGCGUUGUACCCUACAGCUCAGCCCUACAAAUUGCCCACCUAAAGCAGGAUUCGUGGUUCCGCGGCACAACAGUGCUAGUCCUAAAACUGCUUUGCUGCUAAUUUUUGGUGCCGCACAAGACCCAACUAAUGACCCUUACAGUAGCCCAGCGAUUUCAGGGUAAGGCCAGCUGCUUGCCGCAGAACGCUGUGACGAUUGCUGUAGCUUUUUCCUCACACGUGAACUUCUUUGUGAAACUCGUGCUCCUGAAGCUGGGCGUGCAGCCCGGGAACGGCCAUGCAUCCUGGAAGCUCUCGGCUCUCACUUUAGCAGAAAUCCACGCUUCACAGGGCUUGGCUUGCUCCGUGCGAGCUAGUCUUGCGUGCCGUUUUAUCUGUGUCAAAAAAAUACUGAAAUGGAGGUGGCUUAUGUGGAAAUUUUAACUUGAUUUUUUUUUAAAACUGUUUCUUAAAACCUGCUGUUAAUCCUCUUGAGAACUGAAAGGAUAAACUGAACUCUUUCUCAUUUAAAAAAAAGAAAAUAAAUCAUAUCUUGCUGGCUUCUCUCAAA